ACCAAAAGAUUCGCAAGCCCAAAAAUGGUUGGAAGAGAAAUUUCCAAUAGGAGAAAGGGAGGAAGUUACAGUAUUAUUUGCUAGAAAUAUGGGUCUGGAAGGUGAAUUGGUGGUUGAAAAAUUUCCUAAACUAGAAAAAAUAAUUUGUGAUAGUAAUAGUAAAUUAACCAGCAUAAAAGUUAUUGGUUUAUCUAAGUUAGCUAUUUUUAAUGCCAAUGCAUGUAAAGUCAACAAAUUAGUUAUCAGUGGUUGUCCCGAAAUAAUUUCUUUAAAUGUUGGUAAUAAUUUACUAAGCAAUACCGAUUUUCUCGAUGACUUAAAUCCCGAAAAAUUAACUUAUUUGAGUAUUCACAGCAAUAAGUUUGAAAAAAAACAAAAUUUAGAAUUCCUCAGCAGAUUUGGCAAUUUAGAAGAGUUGUAUAUAAAUAGUAAUGAAAAGUUUAUCGGCAGUUUGUCUGUGCGAUUGGUCAUAUUUUAA